AGCCCAGAGAGGAGCCUCUUUAGAAUGUAGUUUGGAGGGAGACACGGAGGGCAAGCGUAUGUGAGAGAGGGAGGGAGGGAAAGAAAAAGACCCCUUUUACUGUGCGAGAACUUAAGGGGGUUUGGAGAUCUGGUCAGCUUUCACAAACAUCUGAAUCCUCUUAGAGCUCCCCGGCCCAGCUGUGAGUGUGUGUCUAUGCGAGAGGGAGAGAGAAAGAGUGGCUCCUGGUGCCCCUCCAAGCGCAUUAAGGACACUCGGGCCUUUUAAUUUUAGGAAUGAAUGCUGAUACUUGUGUUUCUUAUUGUGAUCCGGCUGCCAUGGAUUCCUACUACAACGCAGCCUCCCAGGACACAGAAGGCUCCUCGCCUUUUAGGGCAUUUCAAGCAAGUGACAAGUUCAGCCCUACUUUCCUGGCCAGCAAAGGACAAGGCUUUGGUGACAGCAGCACUAAGUGCCGGAGCCGCUACAGCCAGCAGGAAUGUCAGUCCCUGGAUGGCAGCGUGCAGGCUCCCGGCUCUGCCGGGUCUCCGGCUCCCUUUAACAAAUACCCGCAGCAGCAGCAGCCGCCGCACCUCUACAUGCAGCGAGGCCCCUGCAAAACCCCCCCGGACAGCAACAUCAAGCUGCAAGAGAGCAGCGGCCACAACGGAGCCCUGCAGGUCUCCUGUUACGGUAAGGAAAGUGGAUUGGGAGAGCCUGACUUGCAGCCAAGCUCCGACCCUUCAGCAAUGGACAGCAGCUACCUCAGCGUGAAGGAGGCCGGGGUGAAGGUGCCCCAGGACAGGGCCAGCACAGACCUCCCCAGCCCCAUGGACAAGGCUGACUCGGAGAGCAACAAGGGCAAAAAGCGGAGGAACCGCACCACCUUCACAAGCUACCAGCUGGAGGAGCUGGAGAAGGUCUUCCAGAAGACCCACUAUCCCGAUGUCUAUGCCAGGGAGCAGCUAGCCAUGAGGACAGACCUCACCGAGGCUCGUGUACAGGUGUGGUUCCAGAACCGGCGAGCCAAAUGGCGCAAGCGGGAGCGGUUCGGACAGAUGCAGCAGGUCCGGACCCACUUCUCCACCGCCUACGAGCUGCCUCUGCUCACCCGUGCUGAGAACUACGCCCAGAUCCAGAACCCCUCUUGGAUCGGCAACAACGGAGCCGCCUCCCCUGUGCCUGCCUGCGUGGUCCCCUGCGAGACGGUGCCCUCCUGCAUGUCCCCCCAUGCUCACCCCCACGCGGCCGGCGGCGUCUCCGAGUUCCUCGGAGUCUCCGGGCCCGGCAGCCACGUGGGACAGACUCACAUGGGUGGCCUCUUCGGCACAGCCGGGAUGAGCCCCAGCCUCAAUGGCUACGAGCUGAACAGCGAGCCGGACCGCAAGACCUCCAGCAUCGCUGCCCUGAGGAUGAAAGCAAAGGAGCACAGCGCCGCGAUCUCCUGGGCGACAUGACAGGGCUGCGGCCCAGUGCCCGCCAGACACGGAGAGAGCACGUGGGGACAGCCCCAUAAAUCCAUCCGCUUGGACUCCAGACAGCAGUUGCCUCCUCGGGGAUCUGAAUGCAGCACUUUUAGCUACCCUAGGCAUAUAAAGUACAUAUGUUAAUGUAAGUGGAGUGUUUCCAGCAUGAACGUGGCAGCUCCCGGCUUCCUGGGAUCAGGCAGGGAGAGGGAGGCUGUGGAGCAGCACCUCUUCCAUCAAGAUCUGGGAUGGAAUGCAUCCCUUCUCACUGCCACCUCCCCGACAACCUGGGCAUUUUUUCUUUCCGCUGUUUUUUCUGACACCAGACAUGCCUUUCCAAAGAGCAAGAGGCCACUGGCCUUCCAGCAGCUUCUCCCAUCCCACCACCCACCCCCACACAUAUUCUGCCCCGGGCAAGGGACUGGAUGGGGACUCUGGCACCAGCAAAAAGACUCUCUCACAAUGCCAACAUCAUUUUAGCGGGAGCUACACCUUCCCACAGCUGAGUGGGGAAGAGGGCUGGGAAGAUAACCAAAGCUAGAAACAAGGCAACAUUAGCCCACCUCCUUCUACCCUGCUCCUGCUCCAUCUUGUGCUCUGAGAUGAAGCAGAGUUGUAGAGGCCUGUGGAGGGGAUGCCCCUCUACCCACCAUAGCACAGUGUUAUCACACUGAGAGUCUUUGCCAGCCCUCUGGUGACCCAGAUGGAGACACACCCCAGCAAACAAAAGUUUUCCAGCAUGGCUCAAUGCCCCAGGGAGUGCCUGGGCUUUGCUUUCCCUAGUUGUGGUCUAUGUUGAGGCUCACAAGCAUGGUGGUACAGAAAAAGAUUUCCUCUAUCUCACUCGGUCGGGAAUUAACUUCAGUUUAGAGACAGCAGCUCUGGCAGGGAAGCACAACUGCUAUGUAAAUCUGCAAGUCCCCAAAAAGACUGCUCUAAGAAAGAUCUCAAGCACUAGCACACUGCCACAGUGGCACAAGGCCACCAAAUUCCUCAUGCACCUCAUCCUGGCGUCAGACAUGUGCAACGACAGGCUCUCCCUCAGCCCUCCACCCCAGUGCCCUGUGGCACACAAUGGCUGCGGGCAUCUCUGCACCAGAGACAGCAAAAGGAACAGGCUGGGAAGGGGCUCAGGGGAGAACAAGGUGAUACUGCCCCAUCUCCAGCCACCUCAGAUCCUCUUCACUUUGCAGAGGAAGUAGGAGAGACCAGAACUUCUCUGGUUUGUGUGACCCAACAUGCCUGUCUGCUUUUCCGUCCCGCUGAUCUUACCUGCACAGAGCUGUUAAGAUCUCCGUUGCAAGGCUAAAUGUUUUACAAGUUUUUCAGUGAUCAUAGUGCAUGGAGUAAUUUUGGAACAUCCUUUUACGCCACUGAAAUACCACCAAGGAGAAGCUGAAAGUCAGCUGGGCACUACCACCCACACAGUGUGGCUCUGCAAGCUGGGCUUGAGCUGGGGUAGCCAUCUCUGAGAUUUGCAAGGGAAUUAUAGGAUACUACUCCCAGAAAAACUGGUUUGUCACCUUGCCCUCUUUCCUCAUGCUUACUGUUAGGGGAUCUUGUGGUUUAAGGUCCAGGAAUAUCUAGUGGUCUUGGAAAAAGUUCCAAAUAAGCUACAACCAAACGUCCAGCUUCAGGUUAAUGAGCCAUACAAGCAUUCCCAUAGUGCCUAGACUGUCAAUGCACUACCUUAAUGAUACACUAUUGCUAGGUCAAAAGUAAUAUAUUUACUGGGGUAAGACAACACCAGUAGUCCUGUUUCUUUUCUCUCCUCAGAAAUGCUAAGAGAUGCAUUCCCUGCUAUGCACAGGGAGCCAGCAUGCGUUUCACCACAUCAUGUGCAUAACCAGGGCCUCUCCCACCACAAGCAGCCAGGAUUUACAUCCCAGCCUAAACAUUCAGCUGAGACCUCAGGCACGGUGGCUUAGAUGCUGAAAGUGAUGCUGAUCACCGAACCAGGCAGGAUCAUGCUGAUCAGCUGGAGGUGUACAUCCCCACUGGGUACCCCAGAAGCCACUGAGCUUCCCAGCUACCCAGGGACUGGUGGCAGGAGGCAAUUUGUCCAGGUUUGUGCAGGCAGCUGAACACAGUGUUGAGAGCUUUUUCCCAGGUACACUGGGAAUCUUGAUGCUUCCCAAUGUCAGCAGGCAAUCAGUGGAGGGCUGCUGCCUGAACAGUCCAGUACCAUUGCUGACAAGGCAAAUUAGCAACAAGCAGAGCUAAGGAGAGGGCAGUGGAGCAGGCAGCCAUAUGGGGACAGGCCUCACUUAGCCUGCAAGCCUGAAGGCAGCUCCAGUGGAGGGCUGUAUCUAUUCAAGAGCUUAGCUGCAUUCCCUACUGAAGUUAAAAGGUAGCUUUUCCUCACAGACUUCCACGGGGCCAGUAUUUCAUUUGAGCUGUUUAACAGCCCAGAGGAUUAAGUGCUGUAUCCCUGUCUUGUUAGAGAGAGAGAGGAGAGUCUCCUGGCAGCAGACUUGGCAUUUAGAGAAGCUUGGCCCCCACUUUCUCUCACCUUAAAAUUCAUGUGGAAAGCACAUGUUGGACUCAGUCUAAUUUAAACACCACUGCGCGUGCCCAGCCCUCAGCCUGCCCGAAAACACCAUGAGGCAAGGGGAAUUGUUCCCUGGACCCCCUUGUGCAGGGCUCCCUUCCCACCUCCACCUGCAGGCAGCCCCACUGCUCAUCAGGCUCUGCCUCACCUCUCUGGGUGCUGCUGCCAUUCCGGCACAGUCCCUUGCACCCAAACUUCUGGGUAACGCUGGAACAGGGGCCCGUCCCAAACCUUCAAAAGCAGUUGUUCUGGUAGUUUUUAAGCUACAUGCAUCUGUACUUAAAACACAUUUUAAAAAUUAAUUUAAAAGGGUUUUAAAAACUAGCUGUUAAAUUAACAUGAAAAACUGUAUAAAUAUAUAUAUAUACUUAUAUAUAUGUAUAUAUAUAUAUGUGUGUAUCUUAACCUAGCCAGCCUACAGCUACUGCAUUUCUUAAAGGUCACAG